GCGUAAAGCAGACAAGAAGGUAAAAGAACGUUCAAGUAAAAAACUAAGCGCCUUUCGUCAAUUGAAAAGUCUUCAAGGCCUCCACUACACACACAAACCUAACUUCCCGUCCAUCAUCACUGGCGCCUUGCUCAUUUUUUCUUCGGGAUGACAAAGGCGAGUUCUUCAGCCAAAGUGAAGCAACUUAUUCCCAAACAUUCUGACGAUAAGAAUCGACAAAACAAGACAACUUCUAGCCAAGUGAGGUCACGUGCAACUGUUAAUCGCUUGAAACUUUAUCGGAAGAAGGCAUAUCAAUAUGAUAAAAAAGGCAGACGCAUAUCAGGAGCAGGCGAUUACACCAGUAACAUACCGGAGCCUGGUGCAGGAAGAACGGCACCCAAUCGACGGUGGUUUGGAAAUACUAGAAUUGUGGAUCAACAACAACUAGAAAAGUUCCGAGAGAGUAUUCAAAAUGUUCGCCAAGACCCUUUCUCAGUUAUCAUAAAGCAAAAGAAACUUCCCUUGGGCCUUGUUGACUUUGACAACACUGCCUCGGAGAAAGAUGGAUCUCGCUUAUCACUCCUCAGAAUUGAACCCUUUGAAGAAGUUUUUUCAGAAAAAAAAUGGAGAAAGCGUCCGAGAAUAGGGGACUUUUGUGAUUUAAAAGAAUAUUCAGAAACUGCGAAGAAACUACGCGAUAAAUAUGAAGCCAGCAUAGGAGAGGAGGAACCUGUUCUUCAUAGCAUUGCAGAAAACAGCACAAAUGGGAAAGAAGAUAGUCAAGUCAUCUUUGAAAGGAAUCAUGCUUUGGACAAAGGACAGAGCAAAAGAAUAUGGGGAGAGUUGUUCAAGGUCAUUGAUUCGAGUGACGUUCUUUUAGAAGUUUUGGAUGCUCGAGAUCCAUUAGGCACACGGAUUUCAUACGUGGAAAAGUAUAUUCAACGUGAAUGUCCACACAAACAUGUUGUAUUGUUACUGAACAAGUGUGAUUUGAUUCCUUCUUCUGUAACGAGGCAUUGGAUUCGUUAUCUCUCGACGGAAUAUCCUACCGUCGCUUUUCGAGCAACUCUUCAAAAGUCGUUUGGCAAGUCCACGUUGAUUGGUUUAUUACGGCAAUUUGCGAAUUUACAUUCCGACAAGAAGAGUAUUUCCGUUGGAAUUGUUGGUUAUCCAAAUGUUGGCAAAAGUUCUAUUAUCAAUACACUCCGUGGAAAAAAGGUUGUAAACGUUGCGCCAGUUCCUGGAGAAACAAAGGUUUGGCAAUAUGUAACUUUGUUCCGUAGAGUUUAUUUGAUUGAUUGUCCUGGCAUUGUUCAUGAAGCUUCUGCUCCCGAUGACGCAGAAUUGGUGUUACGGGGUGUUGUACGAACGGAAUCUUUACGGGACGAAGCAGCAGAUUAUAUCCCACUACUUUUAGAAAGGGUGAAGAAGCAACAUUUAAAGAAGACAUACGGCAUUUUGGAUUGGACCGAUGCAAAUGACUUUUUAGAACAAAUGGCUAAGAAGACUGGCAAAUUACGAAAAGGAGGAGAGCCGGACUUGAAUACUAGUGCGAAGAUGAUCUUAAACGAUUAUCUUCGGGGUAAAAUACCUUGGUUCAUAGCACCUCCAGAUUAUUGCACCAACAUGGAACAAGAAGAUAGUACAUCUAAGGGUAAUUCAAUAGACGACACUGAAGUGUCACUUUUGGAGGAAAAAGAAGAAGAGGCAUCAAAAGAUGUUGUUACCGAUGUGAAGGAAUCCACCCCUGAGGAAAACAAUAUAAGUUUGAAUAUGGAGGAAUAUUCGACCUGGGUCGAGUAAAGAAUCUUAUUAUAAUAAUGACCAUUAUCCAAUCUAUU